UUUCAAAAUCACGUGUGUUUAUUUUGGAUAAAAAUUUCAAAUCAAAAACGAAAAUGGAAGUUGAAAAUCCUGAACAUCAAAUCAUAAUGGAUGAUAAUCAAAAUGAAAAAGAAAAAGAUAUCGAUGAUGAUGAUAACGAUAAACAAUCUGAUAAACCGACUGAAAAAUUACUCGAUCCAUUUGGCUAUACGAAACAACAGCCAGAACAACAACAAUCACAAACAAGUGAAAUAUUUAAAAUUGAAAUCAAUAAUUUACCGGCAAAUUUAAAAUAUCCGGCAUUUCUGAAAUUUUUACGACAAAAACAAAUUAAAUAUCGUAAAAUGAAAUUAUUUCCAAUAAAAUCAAUGAAAAAAUCACAAGCAUAUAUAACAUUUAAAAAUGAAAUGCAAAGAUCACAGACAUUGAAAUUAUUGAAUGGUUUAAAAUUUCGUGGACAACAAUUAUAUUGUCAGGAAUCAAAACCAUUACCUGAUCCAUUGAUCAAAAAACGUUUAACGGAAAAUCGUAAUCAAAAACAUCGAACCAAUAAUGAAUGUAAAAUGGAUGAUAAUCAUAAAAACAGUGUUGAUCAAAAUUAUAUCAAUUCCGAAACGGCCGAAGAAAGAGAUAAAAUUGUUAAUGAUCAAGUUUGUUCAUUAUGGAAUAUUCCAUACACUGAACAAAUUGAUCGAAAAUUAGAAUUAUUAAAAUUAAUGUGGCAAAAAUGUGCAUCGGAUUUUAAAUAUACAAAUCCAGGACCAGAACUUCGUUCAACAACAACCGAUUGGUUUCGUAAUAUUGCUCCGGAAAAAUUGAAAAAAAAUUUUCUCCCUUCACCAAUAAUCAAUGGUUAUCGUAAUAAAUAUGAAUUUAAUAUCGGUUCGGAUCGACAAAUUGGUUUUCGUCUUGGCCUCUAUCGUGAAGGUUCUGUACGUGUUGUUAAACCACCAGAAAAUUGUCCAAUUAUUAAUCAACAAGCACGAUUAAUUUUAGAAUAUUUUCAAUGUUAUCUUAAUGAAAAAACUACGCUGGAUGGUCAUGAUCCUAUUACACAUGAAGGUUAUUGGCGACAAAUUUUAGUUCGUUUAAAUAGACAAAAUGAAUCAUUAAUAUCGAUACGAUUAACACGCCAGUCAACAAUGACCGAUACAGAACUUGAUUGUGAAUGUCAAAAAUUAUGUGAAUAUUUUGAACAACCAAAAUCCAAAGAUUUGUGUAUUCGUUCGGUUUAUGUGGAAAUAGUUGAAGAUAAACAUUCGAAUCAUUGUGAUCAAUAUCGUUUUAUUUGUGGUCAAAAACAUAUUUUUGAACGAUUAAAAUUACCACAAGAUGAUAAUUAUCUUGAAUUUCGUAUUAGUUCACAAUCAUUUUUCCAGGUUAAUAUUCAAGCAGCUGAAUUACUUUAUGGAAAAAUUGUCGAACUUGCCGAUUGUGGUCCGGAAACAAUUGUAUUGGAUAUUUGUUGUGGAACUGGAACCAUUGGUCUUUGUAUGGCUAAACGUGUGAAAAAAGUUUUAGGAUUUGAAUUAAAUGAAGAUGCUAUCGAAGAUGCCCGAUUCAAUGCUAAACAUAAUGAUAUUGAAAAUGUUGAAUUUCAUUGUGGUCGUGCCGAAAAAUUAGUCGGACCUGUAUUGGAUCGUAUCAGUCAAAAAGAACGUGAUGCAGAUUUUGUUGCCAUAUUGGAUCCACCAAGAAAUGGAUUACCCGCAAAUAUAAUCAAAUGUUUACGAAAUAAUCAAAAAAUUCGUCGUGUUAUAUAUGUUGCUUGUGAAGCAAUGGCUGCCCGUAAUAAUUUCAUUGACCUAUGUCGACCAAUAUCACGUGCAUAUCAUAAAGAUCCAUUUAUACCAAUCGAAACUGUUGCCAUUGAUCUAUUUCCACAUACUGAACGUUGUGAAUUGAUUGUUAUGUUUGAACGCAAAUCACCAAAAUCAUCAACGAUAUCAGAAACAUAGAUUUUAUUUUAUUUUUUUGUUUUUUAUUUUUCGGUAAAAUUUUUU